GUACGUGACGUUCGACGGCACGUACAAUCUGUGAAUAUUGUUAAUUUUCGUCGAAGAAGUGAUUUCAUCGCGUUAAAAUCGCCCCCAACAAUGCAGCAUGAUCUCGAUGGAACGACGAAAAGCAGAAGCGUACGUAGAAGGAUUAGUUCGAGAUCUCCAGAAAGUGAAGGACAUUCGAAGAUUGGACUGGUUGAGAAUCACGAGGUUGAAGGCUGAUCUGCAGUACCUGAGAAGAAGGGGGCUGCUCAAGGCGUCCGCCAGCAACGGCGGCGAGCUAUCCCAUCAAGGACGCAAAUGCGCGCGAUGCGGCGCGCCAUUCGGUAGAUUUUACAACACCGGUGCGAGGUGCACGCGUUGCAGACACCGCGUGUGCCGACAGUGUCGCAUCGAGAUCAGAGAGCAUGCAGCAGGUGACAAAGAAGUCGAGUGGAUCUGCAACAUUUGCUACAAAAUCGCAGAACUACACUUGGUUACCGGCAAGUGGAUGUACGAAAGUCCAGUUUCCAGUGGAGUUAACGAAAAAACAUCGCAGUUUCCAGUAGACAUACUAAGUCGCAGCAUCCGACGAGCUUGGACAAUUAAUGGUCCUCCGACACGUUGGUCAGCUGCGAGGAAAUCUCCAGAACUGCGUCUAUAUCGUAGCCUGCCAUCUCGUCAUCAAGACUAUCGAGAACCGUUGGAUGAUUCAGGCUUCGACGACAGAACAUCGAAACUUGAAGAUUCGCGAGAUGACUCUUUGAAUACAAAAGACUGCAAGAAUGUCGAGGACACAGAAGACUGUGCGAAUGUAGGCGAAACGACCGAGAAGAGCACAUCGAUCAAUGAACGAACGAAACGAAAAAAAUCAAUCAGCAAAUCAGUAGAGGAAGUAUCAUCAUCGGACACAGGAAAGUUCAACAAGAAGGAAGAACGCUCGGGCAAGGAACAAGAGGAUCCUGCGCAGGAGCACAGCACACCGAGGGUCUCCCUGAUAAAACCGCCAAGGAUACUCGCCAAGUUUAUAUCUCCCGAGACGAAACCCAGUCCGAUCAAGCAUGGCGAGAGGAAGUCGAAUAUUCCUAUUUUCAGAAGGAGCUCUAAGGAAUUCGAAGAUAUUCGAAGUCCGCAGGAGUCGCCUAAGCGAUCGCUCAUUCCUCAGAGAUAUAGAGGAAGCACUGAUGAUUUGCGUCGCAGUCGCGAGGACAUAAGUGUGCCGAGUUUGAUCCCGAAAUUGUUGUCCUCCCGUAACAAGGAGGAGCGAUUGAAGCGGCAAGACAGCAAGGACGAUAUCCGUCAUUCAUCGAAAUCCGGGCGAAAGGAGGAGACUAAGUUCUCGUCGCUCGUAGUUUCACCGACGUCCACCAGCAAGGACGAAGUCGGCAAAUCAGGAAUAAGAAUCUUUCGCCGCGACAAUAGUCGCGAAGACGUGGGCAGAGAGAGUACGAAUCCGAUCAAGGAAUCCGCCAAAGGUAAGCAGCAAGACAGGCAAGAAAGAACGGAGAACGUGGGCGGCUCGACGAGAUCGAAAGUUGCUGGAAUUGAACAGAACAGAACAAAGUGCGGAGACGGCAAGAACGACCCUAACGACAUCGCAGAAUUGUCGACAAGAAGCGAGGUGACAGCCGAGGUCGCGAUCGAACGGCACGAAAUAAUACUAGACUCGCGAGCUGAUGCGGAGAACCGGGACACGAGAAUGCUCGACGUCAUCGUCGCCGAGGACAACACGCAGAACGAGCGGGAGCGAGACACGUUAGGCGAGGAAGUGAUACACGAGAAGCGUUUGUUGGCAACCCCAGAAUCGGUCGAGCCUGUCGUGGGGAAUAACAAGGAGCGAAACAACAAUGACGAGGAGAUGAGAGACACCGCCGAUCGAUUGUUAGACGUCGGCAGCGACGGUGACGUCAUUGGUGAAAGAAAGGGUCCGCUGGAGAUCGGCUAUGGAAAGAGGCCGGACGAGUUCCAAGUGGUGCGGCGAAAAUUUUCCAAGGAAGAAUUCUCGAAUCCAGACGACACCGACGAUACUCCGAAUAAACGUUGUUCAAGUCAUUUGUCGCCGGAAGCUAGUCCACUGAGUACGAGAUCAUCAAGAUACAGUCCUCGAGAGAGCGAGAGCGAGCCCACUCCUGCAUUGCCACGUAAAAUCGGAGGAGACUCCUGUUCCGCCUCGCAGAGGAUACGUGAUACUAUUACGAGAACAAGGAGAGAAUCCAACAGUAGCACCAGAUACGAGAGCAGCGGAAGUGAGAGUGUCAGAUUAAGUGAGACCGGCUUGCACGGAUACGUGGAACUAACCAGGAAGGUGAAAUUUUUCGGAGGUAACAGCGGCGCGGUCUCGUCGACGAUUGGCGGUGACGAGAUGGUGCAACGUGACAGCGCGACGAGUGCAGGCGAGGAUGAAACUAACGAGGAUGGUCACGAUAGGACAGGUCCGCUUCCUUCCCAAGGGAGAACAAUGUUACGACGAAGAAGGCAGUUCGACGCUCAAGGUCCGCGACGUCGCGGGAGAUCGCAUGCGAGAUCGUCCUGCUGCACCAGCGAGGAUUUGCAGAGCCUGCAAACGUUGAAUCUGAUCGGACGCGGUGGCGGCAGCGGCGGAAGCGGAAGUCGACAACGCAGUCCUAAUCCCGCGUCGAUUGCUCCGGAGUCAGCUGCAUCCGCAGUCGACUACAGACGGCUCGUGUUCAUCAGCUCGGAUUCAUCGUCGGGGCGCGAGGAAGACGACGCCGACAGCAGUUGCUCGAGCUCGUCCUACCUGAACGGGCUGCCGCGCAACAGUGGCCACCAUCAUCAUCAUCACGCGCAGUCGCUCGAAGACUGCGACUGGGAUUACUUCGAGAGUGGCUCCUUGCCGCUGCCGACGACGCCGAUCGUCACCGUCGCCGGUGCCACAGCGGACGCCAGCAUCGGUCAGGACGCUUGGAGUUGCUGUCCGGGACGCGGCUCCGCCGCCUGCCAGGCUUGCGGCGGCUCCCGAAGCGCGAACGUGCUCCCGGUGCCGGUGCCAAUACCGGUCCCGGUUCCGUAUCCGGUGCCGAUACCGGCCGCCCUGUGGACCGGCGACUUCGCGGCGGCCGCAUCAUCCAUGAUAAGUCGCGGAGACGCACACGCCGAGUCGGGAACUCUGAGGUUACGAGGCGACCCGGCGGCGCCCUGGUUCGCCUGGCACCCCCGCUUCAACCAGCCUUUACAUGGCGCUCGUCUGGACCCACGACUUGCCGGCACCUUCGAUCCGACCACCUGUACCUUCCAUCCACCGGAACAGAUGAUGUCCCCGAGGCUAUACGGAUCGAUAACCGAAACGGCAACGGUUCCAUCGGCUAACCUCGAGUCUCCUCAGGAUGUGAGAGAUGACGCGAAAAUCGUGUCGAAAGCCGAAGAGCUCAGAAGGGAGGAGAAUGUGUCGGUGAAGGGCAUCGGUAAAUCUGGUUCUUCCGUCAUGAAGAGUAAAUUGGAGGAGACGAAGAGCUUUGAAGAGGAAUGCAAAAAGGAUAAUGAAGAGACGAGAGAGGAAGAAAAUGAGGAGGUCUGUGAGGAUUCUUUAUCAUCGUCUUUCGAGAGGAGCGCUCAGGGGAUGUACCAGCGAGAGGACUCGGGCAGCUCGUCCGGGAGGUCGUCGGCGGACAGUAGCGAUCUGGAAGAGGAUUCUAGCUCGCACAGGUUUUCCAAGGUGUUCGUGGUGAAUGACGAUUCGCUCACCAGUGACAACGAUAUCGAAGACAACGCGGAGGAUGAUUCGGAUUCCGCAGCGGAAGGUGGUGUAACCUUGAAACGCGUCACCGCGAUUCCUGAAGAGGAACCGGUAGUGUUGCAACACGUGAGGCUACUAAACGAGGAUGUUCUUGUGGAAAAUAGAUCGGAAAUAAACGAGAACGAAUUGAAAGAAUCCAAAAAGCAUUCCAAGGCUUAUAUCGUCGGCAACGCUUGCUCCGAAAAUGGAAACAAAUCACUGGAUGAACCUGUUGUUAAUUUGACCAAUAAACGAAAAAAUCGUAGCAGAAAGGAUGGAGCUGAUAACGGCGAUAAUCAACUUCCACUUCUACUACAGUGUCGAUCGAUCCCUGAAGAAAUAUAUCUAGCGGGUGAUAGCGAGUGUUCUGACAAUCGAAUCGAAUUGAAAUCCAUCAGAAUGCUCGAUCCUGAUAGUAUUGAUUUAUCUAUAGAUAUCUUGAAGAUGGACGAAAGAUCUAUUUCGAAAGUACAUGGUGAAGAGAAAAUCGUCGAUCCGUUGAGAGAAAUUUCGCAGGACGAUCUGAUUGAACCAAAGUCACUUGCGAGUGAUGUCUGGGAUCCGACCAUCGUCCCGGAUUCUCUCGAAAUUUCCGGAAUGUCUUCUGAAAUUUCAGUCAUCGAGGAUGUCAGUGUAAACCACCAAGAGAAACCUCGAAUUUACAAUGAUGAACAAGUUGCAAGAUUGAUCGUAACGAAUGAUUACGAGAGACAAGGAGAUAAGAAACCGCGUUUAUCGGGACCGAAUUGUUCGAAUGGCAACGUCAUUAUCGAUGCGUCAACUGACAGUUGCACCAGCACCGAGAGCAAUACUACGGGGAGCGAAAUUAGCAGCGACGAACUUCACGAAUACGAGGUAACUUCGGCCGAAUCAUUCUUUAAUUACAGCAACGGGGACACCGCGAUUAAAGGCAAGUUACUCUAUCAAAUUGACACAGAAGCUACUACGAGAGAUAUUAAAGAGAACGGUCUUCAUGAUAAUCGCGAUGAUAAAAAAAGUCUGACGAUGACGAAGAAUGGCGUGAAGCAAAAUCAGUCCGAGAGAUCGAUUGGCGAGCCAGCUUUAAGUAAUUCGCCGACGAUCGACAUAAAGGAUGAUGGCGAUGAGGUCAAUGAAGACGACGACGACGAUGAGGGUUAUCGGUCUGUUACGUGUCGUCGCGGUGGUCAAGAUGGCGGGCUGAAAGACAACGACCUGAUGGCACCGGCGGGCGAGGAACGGGUAGGAGUCGAUGUGGACGACGCAAUAAUCACCAGCAGGAUUCAGGAGAUGUCGAGGAGCGCAGAGGAGCAAGGUGGCGCGGGCGGCAAGAUGAACACUGCGCAUGACGGCCCGGUGAGAGGCGAGAUUGUUGUUCAGGUGGGAGGAAAUAGUGAUGGUAACAGUGAUAGUGGUGGUGGUGGUGAGAGCGCCGAGGAGGGAGACGCGACACGGUUUCGCUCAGUCGAGCGACGCCCGUGUACUCGGCAAGAGAAUGGAUUCCCAGCUGACUGUCAAGUAUCGGCCAAGGAUCUUGCGAGAGACCCAGCCCAGCACAAUAACAGUACUAACGUUUAUAACAGCAACAAUAGCAGCAGCAGUAAUAAAUAUAGAAGCCUCGUGAUGAUCACCCAGGAAGCCUCGUAUCAGCCGGUGAGCGUCGUUACAUCGGACACUACAACGUUGCUGCAACCGGAUGAAAUCCAUUCGGUUGGGAGUCAAGGGGGUCUGGCCGGUUACUUUCAGCUGGCGCUAGAAGCGGCGAGCGAACCGCAGUUUCAUCGCAAAAACGCUCCUCGCAAGCCGUUAAUGGUGAAGAAACUAGCGGCGGUCGCAAUUACUGCGACAGGUCAUCAAUCGGUUGAGCCUGAAGCGGAUAGUGGUUUGAGUGUCGGUAGUGCUAGUGAAAGCGACGAUGUAUCUGCGUCGAAAAACGUGUCGAAGUCACAUAAUUGUCGACAGGAGAGCGUCGAUGACGUGUCCAAAGAUCGUUUGAUAUCGGAUUGUCGCGAAAAUACGCGAACACGCGUCUCGUCACAGUCCAGCGACGAAAAUUCAAGCGCUGGCGGGGUUAUCAUACUUGAAGAAGGUCUGGCCGACGAUGAUUCCUGGGUGGAAGAAGUGUCCCAUGAUGAAGACGAACCUACUGAAGGUGCAACUACUGCCACGGAAGAGAGCUCCGAGGAUGAAGCUAAUAAUUUUGGCGAUCGUGAAGAGGAGCUCAGAGGCUAUCGCAGGCAAGCGAUCGACUUUACCUUGCAUACCAUCGUCGAGGAAUCCUGCGAGGAGAGUGAAACAGAACCUAGCCUGACUACAGGAAGUCCCUCGAAGAAGCCAAGGCCACCUUCUGCUUCAGAGUUGGAGAAAUAUUUCUUCUUCGGAUUGGGAGGCGAUGGAAACAAUUCCAGCAUGGGAUCGCGCGAGGUCGACAGUCUAUCGGAGACUUCGUCGAUUUACUCCGAAGGACUGGAAUCGCUUGGACAAGAUGAAACUAACGGUAUUAGUCAGACUCAGGACAGAUCAAAUACCAGCGAUAAUUUCCUGAAUUCUUCUAGAUUGGAAAAAUAUUAUUUAUCGGAAUUCCUUGGCUUUGAUCAGGAUAGGAGAGAUUCGGACGGUUCAGUAGGUAGUGAUUCAGAAGGUAGACCUAGUCCGGAAGCGCAGAGAAGGAAAAAAUUAGUGCGUGCGAGGGGUACAGGUAGAUCUCAUAGUUCUUCUUUAGAUAAUCUGUUGGCGCUCACGCAAAGUUCGCAGAACUUGAGCUCGCAAAAUUCUCUUCAGGAUCUGAGUCUUAAUCAAGAUGCGCAAGAGACUCAAUCUGAAGGUUCCUCGACAGAGACUGAUGGCACUGAUGAUGGUCAGACCGCCGUUUUUGGAACAGACGGUCAGUUUGAUACAGUAAAACGUAAGAAGAAGAAGCCGCGAAAUCUGGGAACUCAGAGUCCACGUGUUCCGGACGAUCGAAACAAGACACCAGAACCCAGUAGAGAGAUGACGCUGAUGAAUGAAAUCGUGAUGGAAAACGACAACGAAGCGAUGAACUCCGAAGACUCGGAUCGAGCAAAAACUCCACAGCCCGAGUCCAUUUUAUCCUCGUCUUCCUCGCCAUCUACUCUCACUAAUAGCAGUAACACAUUGAACAUGGCCUCGUCUUCGCAAAUGGAUUCUUCAAGGAAUUCGGUUGCGCUAAAUUCGAGCGAUGGUCAACGAUCAAAACAGCAAUCGCGAGAUUCGGGAUUUGUCGGUAGCUGCGACGAUCUUCUUCAGCAUCAAAAACUGCCAGAUGAAAAUCAAACGAGUGGUAUGGAGAUUGACCAGGAAAUCGGCAAGGAUCGCUUGCUCAACAAGAUCUCGGAACAUUCUCAGAAUGCGAAUCGAAGCUCCGAGGAAGGUGCUGAUGGUACGGAAAAAAACAACUUGACGAAACAUCCGGUAAGCCAUGCAAGUCUGCCACAUCUGGCAAACGUUUCACUCUCACGCAAAGACAGUUUCAAUAAUUGGUCCAGCGAUGAAGAGACGAAUCUCAUGAUGUCGAAGAUGCGGCAAUUCUUCAAGACGAUGGUGGCCAACUCGAACGGACAGACUCCCGGACAGAGCGUCACCAACGCGAAUUCCAGCGGUGUCUCGCCGGCACCGAGUCCACGACUUCCGGGUUAUGCCUCGAAGGCGCGUCUUUACGCUCAGAAUCGCACCAAACCACCGCAAUUGGUAUACUUCGAGAACGAGCUGACGCGACUGAUGAAGACAGUCCCGGGAAUACGCGACGAGCAGGUGCGAGAGAUUGUCGAGUAUCUCAGCUCGGAGGACACGUGGUCGGAUUCCUACGACAGCUCGGAUUAUACUAGUUCCGACCUCGAGAGCGCCGCCAGCGGACGUAGGUCGGCUCUGCAAGAGCAGAUCUCGCAGAGCUGCCAGCAGAUUAUCAGCAAAUUCGACACAACGUCUGGAGGCGGCGGAAGCGGCGGCAAUAGCGGUGAUCCGACGCUAUCGGACAAGGAAAGGGAGCUGAAAGGCUCGGGAUCCCAAUCGAGUUCCACGAUACAAACCGCACCCUGCUUGGGCAGAGAUACCGCGUUCGUCUAUCAGAAGCUGGUGCAGAGUUUCACGAAGAUGGCCGGCGAUGGCGUGAGCUCGGACGCCAACUCCACCCCUCACAGCAGCCCUCCGCUGAUCGCCAAAGUGAUGCAUCAUAUCGGGAGCCGACUGGUAGCGCUGAUGCACGAGGUUUCAGAAGGUGGUCCAGCCGCGCAUCAUCACUCCACCACCUGGCGACGAUACUCUCAGCAUCAUCGGACUCCAUCCUCGACGUCGACUACCGAGGACGAUGAUUCAACGUCCGAUUCCACCAACGCGCCCUCGUCGGUGCAUCUGCAACUGCCGAGGUCGAAGUCCCACGACCCGCUGCUGUUGAUCAACAGCCACCCGGCAGCCUCCACCGGCCAAGAAGGGGAGGAACGAGAGGCCAGCGACUACGAGAGAUUUUCCUGGCGCGGUAGCUUCGAGUCCGCGCUGAUGGCCGCCGAUUCAAGGACGAAACUGAGCCUGCUGGCAUGUUCCGGUGAUGUCAGUGGUGGUGGUAGUGGUGGUAGUGCUAAUGCGAGUGCGAGUGCCCUGGCCGCGAAACGGCGCAGCGCCGGCGAUCUCCUAUUCAAUCCGAAGAGCUUCUCUAGGGAGCAGCUGGACAGGGUGAGGAGUUGCGGUUCGAUCGGCGGCGGAAGCGGGGGUGGAACCGGCGGAACCGUCGGCGGCUCCGUCGAGGAGAGGAUCUGGAGCAAUCGGAGGAGGUCUUCCGUUCCCGAUGCCAACACCAGGGGAGAGUCAGGUGCAUCAGCCGGCGACGAGGACACCGAGGAUGAAUUGGAAUACAGCGGAGAAUCGCGAGCAACGACUCUUCCACGUGGCAUGCAAUCUGCCAUCAGCGCAGCCACUAAUUCCCUGCCACGACUCCCAGCUGGAUCGGGUCCGCCGACCGGUCUGACGAUGACGCCGACGACGAUGUCGUCGACGACGGCAUCGUCGUCCUCGUCGCCGAUGCACAAGGCGCACAGCGUCUACCACUUUUUGCCGCAGCACAGCGGCGUCAAAUCCGCCCGUUAUCGGCCUCCUGGCUUCGCCAGGAACAGCAACGUCGGGCCCAGCGCGAUCGGCAGUGGACCCAAACGGGCCGUCAGCGCACCAGGUCUUCAGGUCUCCGGCUCGCAAUCGGCCUCCGGCAAACGAGACAACUCGCGGUCGAGGAGGCAGCAGACGAUGUCGCUUACGUCGGACGAUGGCAGCAGUUUGUCAGAGGCAUGCAGCACGCCGAUUAUUGGAGCAGGAUCACGAGCAGGCUCUAGUCAUACAGUAAUGGAUAUGGACGACAUGGAUCCGGGCCAUCUCGCUACUCGCUCGUCUCUGUCGAGUCUUGGAGCACGCUCGGACUCGAUGGCGUCGGUAUACAGUGGUGCGGGGGAGGGACGUUGCUGCCGAUCCGUGGUCGUCACCGGCGAAGUGGAGUUCGCCUUGCAAUACGAUUAUAAGAAUCUGACGUUCGAAGUACACGUGACCAAGUGCAAGAACCUCGCGCCUGUCGAUGUGAAACGCAAACGAUCGGAUCCAUACGUUAAGGUAUAUCUUUUACCAGACAAAUCGAAGAGUGGCAAGAGAAAGACAAAGGUGAAGAAGCAUACGUUGAAUCCGGAAUUCAACGAGACGUUAAAGUUCCAUAUGAGCCUGAGCGGCCUGGAGACGAGAACGCUAUGGCUGACGGUCUGGCACUCGGAUAUGUUCGGUCGCAACGAUUUCCUCGGCGAAGUGCGAAUGCCCCUGGAGAACAAGAUAUUCGACGAUCCGGCGCCGCAUUGGUCCCUUCAAGAAAGGACGGAGCCGUUCGACGAUCCUGUUGCAUAUAAGGGCGAGGUAAUCGUUGGGCUGAAAUUCGUCCCCCCGGAUCCGACGCAGCAGGAACGCGAUCGGGAAAGCGGGACAGAACGUGGCGGAAGUUCCAAGACGAAAAAAAAUUGGAGCCGCGGCGCCCUCCACGUGCUUGUCAAGGAAGCCAGAAAUCUGCAAACACGUGGCAAGAACUCGGGCACCUGCGAUCCCUUUUGCAAAAGCUAUUUGCUUCCCGACAAAGGCCGAUCCGGUAAGCAGAAGACCGGUGUCGUUCGUAGAUCUGUUGGUUCACCGGUUUGGGGACAUACAUUUAUCUACAAGGAUGUCAGUUUGCAAGAAUUGGCAGAACGCGGAUUAGAACUGACAGUCUGGGACCACGAUCGAAUCGCCAGCAACGAAUUCCUCGGAGGAGUUCGAUUUAAUCUCGGCACCGGAAAGCAUUAUGGGAAACUGGUGGAUUGGAUGGAUGCGACCGGUCGCGAAUUAUCCCUAUGGCAGAACAUGCUCGAGAGGCCGAAUUUCUGGGUCGAGGGUGCAGUGACGUUGAGGCCAAAUUUGCACAAUCACGGGAAGAGUAGUGGCUCUUAAAAGCAACAUCGCAA